ACUUCUACAUAAUAAUACGAACGCUGCGUUUGAUUUAGUUGGUGUUCGUAUUAAGUCGCGAGGUUGAAUUGUAUUCAAAAACGUGUCUAUCUCGCCGACACAGUUUCUAUGACAAAAACGUUGCGCAACGAAGCAAAAAGAUUAGAGCAAACUCAAUUUCUGCACGCUGGCGACUCAGGUAAACAUUUUUGUGCGCUCAAAGAUACAUCAUAUUACCGUAAAGAUGUUGUACGUACAAUGUACCACUCUUGAAGUGUAAUCAGUCUUUUUUUCUUUUUAUCCAUCAUCUAGGACAAUGUUUAGCUAUUUAAGUGGAGUUUAUGUUUACGUCAUCGCAUGGGCUCUUCUUGGACAAGACAGUGGAGAUAGCCUGGGGCCUACACACCAAUCAGAUUUUGCGUAUCUCUCUUGGAUUGCAACUGGAACAGGAGUCCUUUUUGCAAACAUUUUCUACAUUGGGACAAAGGAACCCCGGAAGACACGUAAACGAAAACCUAGUGCAUGUUUUGAUAUGAAUGUUGGCGGAUUAUUCAUGGUUGCGUUUGAAAUGGAAAAUCAAAACUCACGAAAAUCCAGUCUUGUUCAUUCAAUUGUUGACAUGUUUGUGACUUCGUCGAAUGAAAACCCAGACCAGAAGGAAGAAGGACAUCAAAACACAGUGGAUCAUGAAAAUCGUCGGAGGAAAAGAAGCUCUGUGCAGAAAUUUGUUGAAGCCUUAUUCUAUGAUGCAUAUGAAGGAGACGAAAUUGAUCAAAGUUCAUCACAAACUGAGACUGAGAAAUCAUCUCAGGAUGAUCAGCGCGGGGAUGCUCCAAAAAAAAUGGUUCUAGGACUACAGAAGUUAGACCGUGGUCGUAAGAAGAGCUUGUUAGUGCGUGUUAUUGAUGGACUCCUAUCUAGAUCAGACCACAGCCAACAAGAUUUGUCAACUGAGAGCAUCGAAGACCACGUUAGAGUCAACAUUGCAGAUGAAGAAUAUGUACUUGGCGAAAACUGGAGGCAAGAAGGGAUCCAGGAGAUACGGGGAGGAGACAACUGGGGCAACAACACUACAGCGGAUUCAGUUAAAAGAGCAAUCGAAAUCGACCAAGAAGACAAACCUGCAACGGUUUCAGCCAAAUGUAGGCAACGAAGAAACGGAAUUGUGUCGAGUACAAUUGAUGGACAACUUGGUCUACCCAACUUUGGUUUUGAAGAUGAAAGGAGUGAAGAAAUAGAGGAAGAAUGCUCCAGCGAUACUUCAGGUCAACGAAGACACAAAAAGUCAGUGACUUUUAGUUUGUCGGAAUUGCCUGUCAUGCCAUUACCGAACGAGGAUGGGGGAAACGAUUUCAAAUUGGAUACGUCCGAUAAGAAGAUGGCGACCGUCACGGAAAGAAGUCAGGAGGAAGAUAAAGUAAAUGAGUUUGUUGAGGGUGGCUGUAAUCCUUCAGCUUCAGAAGAUAAGCAGGAAGCUGGUUCAUCAACAAUUCAUCCAGCUAAGAAAAGACGUCCUAAAACAAUCAAAUACUGGUUGAAAGAUCCAAACUUGUAUAAGGUUUGUGCUUGUCUUCGUAAAAUUGGUAACAAAGUAAAUUUUCUUGUGAGAAACAUAAUAAUAGUAUGAUGCAAAAAUACAAAUUACUUGAAUAGUACAAUAUUAUUUAGGUAGCUGGUAAAACCGCAGGCCUAUCUAGACAUUCACAUAGCGCAUACACAAUUGAAGAUUCAAUUUCGAUUUCACAAUGUCGUUUGAAUGACCGGUUAUCUAAUGGUAUUCAUUUUUUUUGUGCGCGCCGCGCCAGCGGAAAAUAAUGUAAUUCCACAGUGCGAGACUACAAAUUAGGUAAGUGACAUAUAUUUCUGGAACAUAAGCUUUGGUAUCGUGUUUGUUGGCCUCAGUGCGGUCUCUUUAAGAGAAAGUCUUGUGUGAUAAUUACGAGCCUUGAUUACAAUAGCAAUGUCGUUAAAAGCUUAGCUAUGCCAAGUACAAAUUGAUUCUCACGAUAUUUGCCCUGCAGGAAACCAGUUUUUCAGGUUAGUUGUAGUCCUCCAAGUUCCUUUGAGCACGCACGAAAUGCAAGGCACAGGUUAUGGUUUGUUCCGUUCUCAGAAUAAAAAACUGUUGGAUAACUCUCUUGUUGAACAUUUUAGUGUUGAGCAUCACUGUAGACUUACUCAUCGUUUGUAUUUUGACUCGCUUCAGACUCAUAAAGAUUUUUAUACCAUGUCAUGGAAGGUACCGCCAAUCAGAAUACAGGACAGCCGUUGUAUAUUCGACGGUAUUACACCCAGCCUUGCCAUCGUGCACCGUGCGUAAACGCGUGUUGGCCACUGUAUCUCCUAUGGCAUCUUAUAAAAUAGUUAUGCAACGCUCUCUCGUAGUAUA